AAAAGGAGGAGCACAAAAGCAGCCUGUUCGGCAUGCCGGAGACAAAAAUCAAAGUGUGAUGGUAAACGUCCUACAUGUUCCGCUUGCAUUGGCAAGAAGAAGAGUUGCGAGUACUUGGCCGAGGAGGGUGUGUCGAGUCAAGCUGCCUCGAGAAAGCGGCUUGAGGGUUAUGCUACCGUGGUGCAAUUGCUCCAGCAUGCCGAUCCUGAAAGUUGCAAACGUAUCCUUAGGGACCUGAGGAGGCCGAGGAGUUUA